AUGGUACCACCUCCGGAUGACCAAAAGUCUUUUCACUUUAACUUUGACGUUGUCCCAAAACUGUCAAUGAGUAUUGAACGUGAUUACAAGAAAUUGUUUGUUGUUGAUUAUGAUCCUGAUAAUGUAAAUUUUUAAAGAUUAUUAUAUUUCAAAGAAAUUUUGUGAGAUGUAUCGUAUUAUAUUAUUAUAAAGUUUAUCAUAAAGUAAAAACGUAGAAGAAUCGGAUUGUAAGCCAGAUUAUGCAGAGCUUGGCAAAGGCAGAGCAAAGACAAGACUGCGCAGUGAAAUUUACUUUUUCGUUAAAAUUAUAACUUUUUAGCUACAAUGGGAAGAACGAGACAACAACCAACUAGCUCCUUGUUUGGCCAAGUUCAACUUGUCUAUUGGUCUCAAUCCUCGUAAUCAAAGCUUUUUUCGCAAAGUUGACGAAUUUGACACGUUAGAACAGUUUAAUGGCCAACACGUGCGUUUGCAUGCUGUAAAUGGAAAAAUGUAAGUUUAUUUAUAUCUUUUUUACGUGUUUAGAAUGCUCGUACUUUAAUAUAGAACACGAAACAUGCUUAACUAGUGUUCAGGUGUUCAAUUAUAUGUCUAGUAGCUUAAAAUUGACAGUAAUAUAAUAUUACAAAAAAAAUAAUAUAAAACUCAAAAAUAUUAAAGUGUCCGUACAAGAUAGAACAUUAUUUUUAGCCCAAGUCAAUUAAUUUUGACAAAUUAUGACUCUGAAUUGACUAUAAGAUUGCAAAAUGGUAUAUUACUAGAUAGUUUGACCAUGAGAAUUUAUGGCUUAGAUACUGCAUGGUUCAACGAUGGCGUACCUUACUUACAACAAUGUCCUGUUGCUUCAAAGAGUGUGUUCACAUAUAAGUACAAAGUCAAUCGACAAGGAACUCAUAUUUAUAGGUGAGUUAGGCUACAUAACUUCUAUUAGAGUUCUACUGUCGCUCUUUUUUUUCUUUGCUAAAGAAGGUUAUAUAACAUUGGAAUAAGUUUUUUUAAUCAAUUUAACAGUACAAUUUUAAACUUUAAAACUAAAGUUUACCCACAACAAUAUAAAUUUUGAAACCCAAGUUUUCAGAUCAACCCAGCCCCAUUUCCGCCCAGACGGCUUUGCUGGUAUAAUGGUCUCAAAGAAGCCAAAUGAAACCCUAGCUACAGUUGAUGGCCGCAAAGUGCCUAUAGCAGCAGAAUAUGAACUGACGAUUCAAGACUGGCCAUUUGUAGAAGCUAAUCAACAACGACAACAUGGCUUAAGUCAUGGUCUUUCUAAAUGGGGCCAUGGUUUAGAUAGAGAUGAUGGACAAUGUACUCAGGGGUCGUAUAGUGGUGGUGAAGUUGACAACAAAAGUGUGGCACCAUAUACUAUUAUGGUGAAUGGCAAAGGAUGGUAUAAUCAAGAAGAUGUUGUUACACGGCCUUCAAGAUUACCGUUGACUAGAUAUAGGAUAACUAAAGGUAAGCUUUCAGCAUUUUACUGUUUGUAUGACAGCAUUAUGUGAUAUGUAAAUGAUGAGCUACUCUUAUGUUACUACAUAAACUAAAUAUAUUUAAAAAAAAUAAAAGAUGAUAAACUCAACAGCAGUAAACCAUACUUUACAGACAGCUAUCAUCUCUUCAGAGUGGCUCACCUUGGUUUCGAGCGAGCUCUACGAAUCUCAGUGGAAGAUCAUGACAUUACUUUAUGUGUAGUGGACGGCGCUCAUAUUAAACCUGUACAAGCACAAUCAUUAAUUGUAUUACCUGGCAAGGUUUUCAACUUUUACAUUCACAGUAAAAGCAAUCCCAACAAAAAAGUCUACAGGAUGAUUGUAGAAACACUACAUGAAUAUGAAACAUACGAUAAUAUACAACAACCUGUAUAUGGACUGGCUGAUCUUGUUUAUGAUGAAGUUGAAGACAAUGGACAAAAUUUGGAUGAAGGUGGUUUUUGACAAAACUUAUAGUUGUGCUCCGCAAUCAUCUCUGCCUUACGCUACCAUGAAUUACCGUACCCUACCCAACUCUAUAUACCCUAGCUUACCUUACUCUAACUUAUUUUACUUUUCAGUUGAUUUUGAGCACAAAAUCUGUAACGAAAACGAAUGUAUCGUGCUCAACUGUCCCACAACGUCCAUCCAUCCCAAUCCGAACAUACGAUGUGUUACCGCCGACCAAUUCCAAGACCCUGACGCGAAUGAUGACACUGAUAUGUUGCAAUCCAAAGUGUAUUCUUCAUCCGACUACGAAGAACAUUUUAUUUCAAUGAACGCUUUGACCAAAGUAGAUGGAUUUACGUACGCAGCUCCAGAAGGCAUUCCUUACUUUACGGAAAACUUAAAAUCUUGCAAUGAUAAGGAUUGUAACAGAAAGAAUGUUGCCUUGGGGGAAAUGGAAUGUAAAUGCUUUCAUUAUAAACAAAUUGGGUACAACAAGAUUGUGCAGGUAGGCUUGUUUAUGAAUUUCACAAUAAUUUUAAGAAAGUGCUCUACUUGAAAUCUUAAAACUGCUCAAAAUUUUUAUAUAAGUUCUGUGGUACCUGUACAUUAUUUUAAAAACUUUUUUUACAGUUUACAAUUUAUAAUAUGGGGCCAAAGCGGCCAGGACAUCCUUACUUGGCAAUGCCUGUGCAUGUACCUAGUACUCACGUUUACGUACUCAAAAUGGGAUUUCCGACAUACUACAAUAAUCAAACUAUCAAGGAGUUUAACAAAGAUAUUAAGUGUGAUAAUCCUGAGGUAUGUUACUUUAGAAAGCCAAUAUAAACUAAAAUUUAAAAAAUUUUUAAAUCCGUCAUUUGGAGAAAAGUAUCGGUCUACUUAUGGCUUGGCUUUGAGUUCAAAGUUCUAUGUUAUUGUAUAAAUUUUUUUAAAAAAUUUAAAAAAAAUCUAAAAAUUUCUAGUUUGGUUGUUUCAACUCAAAAUGGACCAAUACCUCCUGGCUGAAUGGAAAUAUACCCUUUAGCAACAAAGAGCCCAGUUAUGUCACUAAUAUCCUAGUACCAUAUGGAGGGUACACUACAAUACGAUUCAGAAGCUCUAAAGCUGGCUGGUGGUUGGUGGAAAGUAUGCGUUUGUCUGAACGUGAGAAUGGAGUCGCAUUUGCUAUCAAAGUAG